UUCAAAUAAAAUUAAAUCGUUUAAAUCUAUAAGUACGCACACACACACAUACGAAUGAUAUUUACAAUUACUUUCAAACUUUUUGACAAGUAACCUUUGUAACUUUACAUAGGUUAUUUAUAUAGAAUUAAUGUGUAACAUGUCAAGUUCUCUUUUACUUCAUCUUAAACUUAAAGAAAAACCAUCAUACUUUUAUGGUGUAGAAACUUCAAUUUAAAACAAUUUUAUACGCAUAUAAUUAAAAAAAUUUGAAUAAUAUAAACAUCGACUGCUGAAGUUAAACACGAAAUGCCUGAUACCAUAUAACCAAUAUAAUAACAUAAUAAGAAAAUCAUUUAAUAUAUCUAAAAAAGGUAUUACGGAUUGGAGUUAAAUAUUGAUAUGCAGAAUGUUAACUUAAAUGAAUGUUUUACUAAUAUCGAAAACAAAGUUUCAUGUGACUCUGCAAAAAAUGACAUCACAACAGUUGAUCAUGAAUUUGUAACUUCACCGCAAAUAGCAAAAUUAAAUGAAGUUAUAGCAAAUUUGAAAGAUGCUAUACAAAUAAAAGAUGUACAAUUAGAAAACUCACAUCGAGAGAAGAGUAGGUUACUAGCAGAGCUAAAGAAGCAACAAAGAUGUAACAGAAAUCUUAAACAACAGUUAGAUGGCGAGAGAAUUUUUUAUCAAAGAGAGAAAGAUCAUUUCAUUGAAGAAAUGCAACGGUACAAAGGCAGAUAUACUGGCAAUAUGUCCAAGUUUCAGCGGCAAAGAUAUGAAGAGCUCGAAGAAACGCAAGAUUCUUUGGAAAGAGAAAAUAAGCGGCUCAGAGCGGAACUGGUAGACAAAAACAAAGUUACGUAUAAUCUAUGCGUGAAGUUUCUUCGUAUGAAGUAUGCUAAAGACACAUUAAGAUAUAAAUUGGAUCAGUUGCUGCAGGAGCAUUUGCUAGUAAUGGCAGAGAUGAUGGAGAAAUUGGAUGAAGCGAGAAAGGAACUUAAUUUAAUUGUGUCGGAGAAAUUUCAGGAACCGUUGCCUCUUAAUAAAGCUAAAUUUUUACAAGUCGUACAAAGAAAUAAUAGAUUGACGUACGAAAAUGCGACGUUAAAGGUACAGGUUCAUCAACUUACGGAAAAUAUAGAAAAGUUAAAAAGCCAUAUGCAAAAACCGAAAAAGAUUAACGUGGACGCUAAAAUUAUUGAAAAAUUAGCAACGCAAAGCAGUACAAGAUUCACUCUGAAUAGAGCAGAAAAAGCCGCUUUACUUUCUAAAUUAUCUCAACCUGUUGAUCACACCGAAGACGCGGAAACAAUCUCGCGAGUGAAUUCUGAGAGUACGGAUGACUGUAUGUUUAAUGAUACGAGACACAUUAAUGACAAUUCUAAAGAAUUUCACGCGGAACGCGCUGAAAGCGCGCCAGGAAUUGUGGAAACGUCCAUUUCUCGACGGAAUAGAUGAUUCUUCGAAACAGAUAAUCUGUGUUUGUAUAAAUAUAUUGUCGUACAUACUUCCAAAGGACUUUUAAGAACAUUCGAAUAUCUUAAGGCAUUCCCUCGGCUAAUACUGUAUGAGAUUCAUAUGUAUACAUUUUGAAUAUUUUCAAUAAUCCGUUGAAUUAAUGUACAAGAUAUAAGAUACAUAAUCGCUUCCUCUUGUUAAUGAUUGCUAAUAUCAAAAAUUUCUUUAUACAAUUGGGAAAUAAGAAAACAUCGAAAAAUAGGAAAGUCCUAAUUGAAACCAAAUUACUUAAUGUAAUUAAAGUGAUUAAUAAUAUCGAAUAAUUAUUAUUGUAUAUACUAACAUACUUGUAUGUUUGUAUGGUACCGAAAUUCGCGUGUCAGGUUCUAUCAUCUUUGUUUCAGCUUGUCUUUUGAUUAUACAUCUUAGAAUGAUUUGAUUAUACAUCUUAUUUGAUAUAUAAUUUUACUUUUUAACAAAAAUGUUUUCUAUUGAUGUUCUAAUCAUCACGCAAUGAUACAAAACGAAAUUUAUUUACAAACAGAAUUCCUUUUAUGUUAAGUGAUAUAAAAAAACUAUAAUAAAAGGUCGUUCUUUAUUCUUUUUCUUUUCAUUUUUUUUCCUCUUCAUCAGUUCAUUGCUCUCAUUUUUUUGCAUAACCAAGUAGUGCAAAUUUCAACCCUAUGCUAUUUUCAUUUUAUGUAGACAAGGUCAUCGACUUCAAUUCAUUUUCUCCACAAUUCAGCGUCAAAUAAAACAAGAAUUUCAGAAAGUAAAUUGACACUGAUCGACCUGUUGCAUUGUUAUCGUUAGUCUAUUCUCUUCGCGGUGUAGAUUAUUAAAGAUCUUAUUAAUAUAUUGUAAUUAUGAAAGCUAUGAACGUAGGGAAUGAACCAAUACUAUUUCAUAGUCUGUCCCUCUUCCCUCUCUAAUAAAAAUUAUCGAUAAAAUGCAGAAGGGACGUCAAUCCGAGAAUGAAUUCGUGGGCGUUCGACUAUUCUAUAUCGGACCGCGGUGACGAUUAAAGCGAUAAAAAAAAGACACAGUGUGACGCAUAUACUUCUAUCGCUUCUAAAUAAAUAUUUUAUGCUCAACCUAUCCAUUAGAUACAGGCACAAUUUGUAUUUUUUCCUAUAAUUAAUUUUCAAAAAUACUAUAUAUAU